AUGCAAAACGGCAGCCAGGAAGACGGCUUCAACCUGCCCUCCGCUGCGGUGAUGCGCCCCCUCGGCGCCGAGGCCAUCAUCGUGCAGGUGCUCAUCAGCGUCUUCCUCUACGUGGACCUCCUCAUGGUCUUCACCUUCUUCCGCAAGGAGGUCUUCCACGGCGUGACGCGCUACAUCUUCUUCGCCCACGUGCUGCUGUGCGACUGCACCUUCCUGGUGCUGAGCGACGUCCUGCUGCUGCUCAGCUACAUGCGCAUCGUCAUGCCCACCAGCCUGUGCAUCCUGCUGUGCGCCGUGGCCUACAACCUGAACGUGGCCACGCCGCUCACGCUGACGGCGAUGAGUGUGGAGCGCUACGUGUCCAUCUGCAUGCCCCUGCGGCACGCCGAGCUGUCCACGCCGCAGCGCGCGGCCCACGGCAUCCUGCUGAUCCAGGCCCUGGCGUCGGUGCUGAUGCUGGUCGUGCUCGCCAGCGUCACGGCCGUCAUGCCGCUGGCGUUCUACCUGUCGCGCCGCAUCUGCAGCACCGAGAUGCUGCAGGUGCGGCGCUGGCAGACGAACCUCAUCAACGGCGUCUCGCAGGUCUACUUCCUGCUCAUGGCCCUGACCAUCUGCUUCUGCUACGUGCGCAUCAUGAAGGUGGCGCGCACGGCGUCCGGCAACGACCGCAGCGCCACGAACAAGGGCCGCCGGACGGUCAUCCUGCACGGGCUGCAGCUGCUGCUGUCGCUGAUCCAGCUGUGGUGUCCCUUUGUGGAGAACGCCGUGCUGCAGAUCGACCUGUACAUGUUUGUGUACUGGCGGUAUUUUGAUUACGUGACGUUUAUCCUGGCGCCGCGGUGCCUGGUGCCCUUGGUGUACGGGCUGAGGGACGAGACGUUCAUGGCGGCCCUGAAACACUACGCCCUCUUUGGCUGUCGCACCAACAACAAGCUGGCCCCCGUGAAGAAAGAAAGGGUUCUCGUUACAAGGACGUGA